UAAAGGAAGGGAGAAGGAAGUGAAAUGGAAAUACAAAGAGGGAAGGACGGGGGAAGGGAAAGGAGGAGGAAAUGGAAUGAAUUGGGAAGACGAGGGCAGGGGGAAGGCAGGGGCGGGACGGCUGAAGGGCUGUCCCGGGACACUCCGGCCCCCUGCUCCUGCAGCGGCUACGACGGGCACUGCGACCUGCACGUGGGCAUCACCAAUUCCCAGGGUGUGGUGUACAACUACGACCAGGAGGGCGUGCACAGGGAUGGCAGUGGCUGGGAGCAGUGCAUCAGCGUCCCCCUGGUGCAGCCAGACAUGUGGGAGCUCCUGCAGCAGUGGGACAAGCUCCUGGAGGAAUUCUCCCUGGAAGAGGCCUGGCUCCCUCACAGGUACGAGGAGCAGCAGCACAACUGCUACACCUUCGGCCUGGCCUUCAUCAACCGCGUGCGGCAGGGCCGGGGCGGGGCCGCCCUGAGCAAGGCCGAGUUCACCGAGCGCUUCCUGCUGGCCCGCACCAGGGAGGCGUCGCGGUACCUCGGCCUGCAGCAGCAGCUGGCUCACAGAGACGUCUACAUCGUGCCCUUGGCUGAGCAGGAGCAGGACAGCGUGGCUGGAGCCCACAGCCUGCUGCUGGAGUAGCGAUGGGAGAGGAAGGCCUCGGGCUCCGCCUCAGGGGUUAAGGUUUAACGUGGUUAAAAACCAGUAACUUCACCCUGCACCUCAGGGAGGAUCAGGAUACUGUCAGGGAAGUUACACACACACAAUGUACACACGACAGAGAAUUUCCAUGGGAACUAUUCCUGUGGAAAAAUGUUUUGUGAUUUAACAUUCCCUGUGUGCUCUGCAAAGACACUUCACACCAGAAAUCAGAACUGCUGUGGAGUUCAGGGCUUUACAAAUGAACUGUGGGAACGUCAGCUGCAGCAAUUACAAAUGGCCUUCUCUGUCACAUUUGUUUACUGAUGAGUGAAAAAAGGGAACGUAUGCUUGUGUGCUGCUAAACCCCACCCCUGUCUGACUGCUAAUUUCCUUUCCUUUAAUUACUAAUAAAUAUACCAA